AUGUCGGGCAUUCCGCCUCAUCUGCCCAUCUUGCCCGCUGGCUUUGGCACUGAUUCAUCUUAUCCACCAAUACCAGGGAGCACUCGAAUCACAGCAUCGCAGCCCAAACCAUCGCGCCCGCCUGCCAUGUCACCAGCACCAAUCCUAACAGGCUCACAUCGUCCAGUCGCUCCCCCUUUGCCACCACUACCACCAGGAGCGUUGCAAAAGGAGCACCACCACCAAUGGCGACGACAUCAAUCUGCUUCCUACUCGUCUUCUCCUAGCUUCAGACCAGGUUACUUGGUCCAUGCUCCAACACCAACACCACCACCUCCUCCACCACCUCCACCUCAGCCUCCGUCCUCUCGCCCUCACUUUGUUGGCGGCUUCACAUCUCCACCACCACAGCAUGCCCAGCACCGGACAGGAACUCCCGUCGCAGCAGCAGCAGCAGCAGCAACGCGACCUCCCCAGGCCAUGCCAACCCCAAACUAUGGGCGCUUCUCUGCUCACGCACCACCACAAUCACCUCCAAGCUCAACGAGCCACUCUCAGAGCCUCGCCAGCAACAUGCAAAACCCGUCCGUUCAAAAUGACGCUUACCCUUCGUCUGCACGGAGGGCGAGUGCAAAUGACGCCUACGCAGCUGGUCCAAGCUCCUUAUCGCGUCCGCCUCAACCUCCUGCUGCAGGUGCAGCCUCCUCUUCUAACUCGAAUCGCCCUCCGAGCCUGUCUGCCCCUCUUCCCGACAUGGGUUCAUUGGCAGCCUUGCGAGAUCGAGCACGAGACGACAAGCAGCGCAUAAAUUGGGCCAAACAGAUGCUCAAAUUUGUCGAGCGCAACUAUUCCGAUGGCAGCAAGAUCAGCGAACCCUACUUGGUCAGAUGGACCGAUGAAGCCAUCUCCAUCAUCACUCGCAAUGCAUCUUCGCAGAACCCUGAGCCCGAAGCCCUCUACCUUCGAGGUGACUUGCAAGCUUCUGGCGCUUUCCCCGCCUACAUUGCCAAGAGUCUUAAGGAGGCAUUCAACGACUUUGAACUCUCUGCUCGCAUGGGUUGGGCUCCAAGCUGGUUCCGAAUCGGACGUGACUAUGAGGUGCUGGCAGAUCUGUCCCGUGCCGUUCACGCCUACGAUCGAGGUGUACAGGCAGGAAACGUGGGCAGCAUCUACCGAAUGGCAAUGGCCAACUUGCUCGGCCAGCUGGAUCUGCCUGUCAAUCGCGCCAGAGCGAUCGCCAUGCUACGUGAUGCGGCAGACAAAGCCGACCUCGACACACCGCAGCCACCCUACAUCUAUGGCAUGCUGCUCGCUCGUGAGUUCUCUCAUGUCGACAUUCCGCCUCACCUGCUCAAGCCUUCCAACGUACAAGACUCGACCGAGGACGAGGCGCGUCGACGUAUUCAGCGUGCUGCCUAUCUCAACUUUGCACCGGCUCAGUACAAGUGCGGUUGGCUAUACGAGUAUGCCCAGCUUGGAUGUGCUUUCGAUCCACUGCUCAGUGUUCAGUACUACAGUCUGGCAUCGCAGGGCGGCGAGAUCGAAGCCGAUAUGGCUUUGUCCAAAUGGUUCUUAUGUGGUGCAGAGCAGUACUUUGAGAAGAACGAGACUCUUGCAUACACGUUUGCCGACAAGGCAGCACGCAAGGGGCUUCCAUCGGCCGAGUUCGCAUUGGCCUACUAUCACGAAGUAGGUGUCGGAACGGAAAGAAACGUUGACGUUGCAAGGAAAUGGUAUAGGAAGGCAGCUGCAAAGGACAACGCCGAUGCGAAAGAAAGAUUGCAGGCACUGCAGGGUCCGCAAGCACACGGAAUGUCGCGUCAACAACACGAAGCAGUCAUGGAUGAUAAGUUGGUCCGCAAACGUACGCAAGCCAAGAUGCUUUCGGACCGAGCCGGACGUAGUCCUAUGCAUGAGCAUGAUCAGUACUUUGGAGUGGGCGAUGGCGGUGGAGGACGUAGACAGAGCGGAGCGGUGCUGGCCAGCUCCGCUGCUGCUGCUGCCAGUGCCGGUCCGAGCAACACCAACGGUCGCUUAGGUGGCGGCGGCGGCGGCAACCUGGAGCUGUCGAGAAAGAAAACAAUGAAAAUGGUGGAAGAGACAGCAGCAGGUCGACAAAGACCCAAUUAUGGCGGAUUCGACUCUCGACCAGCCCAGCAACAGCAACAACCUCCACCACCACCAAUGCCACCGAUCACUCAAUAUCAGCCUCCCCAGGUCAGACCGAUCGGUGCUACUCCUCAGCCUAUUGCUAUCUUCCAGCCCAGUUCUACUCCGGGUCCUGCAGGUCGGAUCACCUCAGGCACACACCAUUCUCAAACGCCCGGGCGACAUGGCGCUGGAUACACCCUUCAGGACAGUAAGCCUCCCCCAUCUGUUUCAAACUCCACAUCAUCAUACUCAACACCGCAUCAUACCGCAGCUUCGUCCUACGCCAAUGCCUCAUCGAACCCGUCCACCACAGCGUCCAGCAAUGGCGGCUCGGACGAUUCAGCAGGAGGAGGAGGAGGGGUUGGAGGUGGUAAGAAACCUUACAACACCUUCGCCGAGAUGGGCUUUGCAUCUCAGAAGCAGAAGAAGGAGGAAUGUGUCAUUGCCUAG